UGAUGUUUUGCCAGUUAUCAUUUAGAAAGCCUUAAAUUUAGUAAUAAAUCUGAUUAAACAACAGGUAGCCUACACUAACUGGAGUACAUAUGAAUCUAUAAGUGUACAUUAUUUGUCUUUAUGGGCAACGCUGAAAUAGUGAAAUCGCUGUAUAUAAUGGGAGACAGUAAUCAAAGUGGUGUCAUCAAUAGAUCUAUAAGUGAUCGCGAGCGCUUUAAGAGCCUGGAAGACAUUGAUGUGACCGCCGACGGGAGUCCAGUGUUGAGAUGCUUGAUCUCCAUCACCUACUCCGUGGUUUGCGUCGUAGGUCUGAUUGGGAACCUGUUGGUGUUCUUCUUUAUUCGCGUGAGACAAGAGAGACGCACAUCUAAAAUAAACUUUUUCAUUCUCAAUUUGGCCGUCACGGAUUUUCAGUUUGUGUUGACUUUGCCUUUCUGGGCCGUGGACACGGCGCUGGACUUCAGCUGGCCGUUUGGAGACGCCAUGUGUAAGAUCAUCCUGUCGGUGACCGUGAUGAACAUGUACGCGAGCGUCUUCUUCCUGACCGCGAUGAGCAUCACGCGGUACUGGUCAGUGGCUUCAGCUCUGAAGGACCGCAGCAGACAGAGCAGCUGCUCCAUCAGGUGGGUCAGCGUCGUCCUGUGGUCCCUGGCCACCGUGGCCACCGCGCCAACAUCCAUCUUCUCCACAGUCACCAACGUGGCCGGCGAAAAACUUUGUUUAUUGCGGUUCCCCGACGGACAGUAUUGGUUGGCAGUCUAUCAUCUCCAGAAAAUACUGAUCGCUUUUAUUGUGCCCAUGGCAAUAGUGUCCGUCAGUUAUCUGCUGCUGUUGAGGCUCAUCCGUCAGCGGAGCAUGAAGAACAACUCAAAACGAAGAACGCAAGUCACAAAGUCCGUCACCAUCGUGGUCUUGUCGUUCUUCCUCUGCUGGAUGCCCAACCAUGCCAUAACGUUUUGGGGCGUGCUGGUGAAAUUCAAUGCUGUGCAUUGGGAUAAGUCGUACUAUAUCGUCCAUACCUAUGUGUUUCCGGUGACCGUGUGCCUGGCGCACGCGAACAGCUGUUUAAACCCAUUUAUUUACUGUCUUAUGCGUAAAGAGUUCAGGAAAAAACUGAAGGACCUGUUUCUCCGAGUUUGAAAGCAGUAAGUGUGCGUGCAUCCCGCGCUACUGAGUCCUGGGGAACAAACGGUAUUCCUUGUCGAAGGGGUUAUUUUACCCAAAAUGUAGGCUAACUGUUAGUCAUUAUUUACUCAACCUCAUGUUCUUCUAAGUCUGUAUGACUUUAUUUCUGGAGUGGAGCUCAAAAGGGAUGUCAGAUCACAGAUUUGGGACAGCAUGAGGGUGAGUAGCCUAAAUAAGAAUAGAAGUGGUAUUUUUUGGAUGAACUGACAGUACCUACAACAGUAUAAGCAUGGUGUACAGUUGUAUUGCGUACAUGUGUUUGUAUUUGUUGUUCUUUGUGAAACAUUAUUUUAAAAUAGCCCAACUUUCGAUAUCAAAAAAUGUGACCUUAAUUUUGCGUAAAAAACAACAACAGGAAAACGCUGCAUUCAGUGCACUUUAACAAUUCCUCUUCCAUGAAAUGUUAAAAAUAAUAAUACAGUAUUGUGCACUUUAUAUCUCAGUUCUAGGGGUAAUUGUGUGUAUCUCAUUGUUUCUGAGUGUUAAAUUAAAAUCUAUUUAAAUUCAAUUACAAACUGACUUUAAUAAAGACAGAAUAUAUAAGAGACCAUCCAUGUUUCUGAGGAUUAUGUCUGGGCAAAUAUA